AUGAAAAAAAGACGCCUACAAGCGCUAUUUGACAUUCCUCGCAUGGAAAGAGAAACCGCUGCUGAGUUGCAUACGAUUGUCGAUGUCUUCGAGAGACAUGUCAAGGGAUUGAACCAGAUGGGAGAACCGACAGAAGCAUGGAGCACAAUUCUUGAGCAUUUGCUAUGCUCACGGCUUCACGACGACACGCUUAAGGCUUGGGAGGACUACGCAUCAACCAUGAAUCAACCGACCUACAAGAAUCUUGUCGAUUUUUUGCAUCGUAGGAAUCGUGUUCUUGAAUCUAUUUCCGUAAAUCAUCACCACGCUCCACAGCACCCCGUGGUUUGCUCUCACGUGGCUGCUUCAAAAUCCGAUGGUCGCGGAAACUCAGCGAAUUUUGCUUCUGGUAGCGCUUCGCUUAAAUGUCACGCUUGCGAUCAGCGCCACCCACUUUUGAAAUGUUUCAAGUUUACCAAAAUGUCGACUUCUGAUCGACUGAAUAUUGUCAAUUCAAAGCGAUUGUGCUUGAAUUGUUUUCGAAGUACCCAUUAUGUUCGAGAGUGCCCUUCUCAAGACAACUGCCGCGUCUGUGGAAGGCGUCACCAUACAAUGAUUCACCCAGGCUACGAUGAAACCUAUGCGCGAGCGGUUCCUGACUCAAGGUCGUCGAGGUUUCAACAACCAACUCGAGCAACGGUGCAUGUCACUCAGUGUGACGAAGAUCUUACCGAACCUGUGUUGUCAGCCAUGACUACCGUUUGUCAAUCCACUGAAAUAAACUGUAUGCCUUUAAGAACCCGGGAGAAGAACGUUAUUUUGCCCACUGCGGUGGUUAUCAUUGUGGACUGCUAUGGGAAGGAACAUCUGGUUCGUGCACUUUUGGACUGUGCUUCACAGGCUAAUUUGAUAACAGAGAAAAUGGCUCAACUUCUGCGACUAAGGCGUACAAAAACAAGCAUAAUCGUUAAUGGUAUUGGGGAUCACCCAAAACUGGCAACAGAAUCCGUGACGACACAGAUCCGUUCCAGAAAGAAACACUUCACAAGCAACAUAGAUUUUAUUAUACUAGAGAAAAUCAUUCCAAGGCUGCCUGGCCAAAACUUUCCUGUUGACCACUGGAAAAUUCCUGAUGACUUAUUCCUUGCUGAUCCAGGAUUCAACAACGGCAGUAGCAUUGAUUUGCUCAUCAGCAACGAACAUUUUUUCACCUUUUUUACGUCCGCAGCAAGGAUCGAACUGUCCAAGUCCUUGCCACUAUUAAUCGACAGUGUUUUUGGAUGGCUCGUAUCAGGAUCUGUUAACUCCGAAGAUUCUCCAAGUUCUACGUUCACGUGCAGUAUCCGAGCGAUGCCCUUGGUUUCGCUUGAUGAAAGGCUAGAAAAAUUUUGGAAGAUGGAAGAAUUGCCAAUUAGAACCGAUCGUUCACCACAGGAGAAAGAAUGCGAGAAAUUCUACGCGAGAACUGUUUCUCGAACACCAGAAGGGCGCUACGUAGUUCGCCUUCCACGACACCCCAAUUUCGAGACGAUGUUAGGUUGCUCUGAAACGAUAGCUCGAAAACGGUUCGAGUUGCUUGAACGAAGACUAGAAAGGAACCCACAGUUGAAAGACGAAUACCAUCGAUUUAUGGCAGAAUAUCUUUCUCUUGGGCACAUGCGCCUUGUUGAAAAUGAAGAUUGCAAUGCUUCGACAGCAUACUGCUUUCUCCCGCACCACCCAGUAAUUAAAGAUGCCAGCACUACUACUAAAGUGCGGGUGGUAUUCGAUGCCUCUGCCAAGACCAGCACUGGUUUCUCGCUGAAUGAAUCACUACUCGUAGGUCCCGUUGUGCAAGACGAUCUUGUUGCUAUUGUUCUUCGAUUCAGAACUUACCCCGUUGCACUAGUAGCUGAUAUAGAAAAAAUGUACCGACAGGUUCUGCUCCACCCAGAAGAUACAGCCCUGCAGCGCAUUUUUUGGCGUUUCCAUCCCGACCAGCCUAUUCAAAUAUUUGAGUUGCUGACCGUCACAUAUGGUAUGGCACCAUCCUCCUUCUUAGCCACGCGUACGCUCCAGCAACUUGCUUGUGAUGAAGGAUCAGCCUACCCAAACGGUGCACCCGCCUUGCGGAAGGGAUUUUACGUGGAUGACUUCAUUGGAGGGGCAUCAACAAUAACGGAAGCAAUAUGCGUGCGAAACGAGCUCAUUGAUCUGCUCGGCAAGGGAGGAUGUAGUUUACGCAAAUGGGCUUCAAAUGAGCAACGGGUUCUGAAGGAUUUAGAUGAAGAUAAGAUAGCCGUGCAGAACGAACAUCGAUUCGACACUGAAGAGACAGUUAAAACUCUCGGAAUAUGUUGGGAACCAAAAUACGACACACUUCGAUUUGACCCUGAAAUGCGCCAGAAAGCAGACAAGCUAACAAAACGUUCAAUCCUUUCCGCUAUCUCGCAACUAUUUGACCCACUGGGUUUAGUUUCGCCUGUGAUCGUUCGUGCCAAGAUAAUUAUGCAACAGCUUUGGUCGUUGUCUUGCGGUUGGGAUGACGAAGUUCCCGAGCCGGUACAAGUGAAAUGGAAAAGAUAUGUACAGCAACUCCAACAACUCUCCAAUUUUCGUAUUGAUCGCUACGCUCUGCUCCCAAAUUCAAAAGUACAGUUACACACCUUUGCCGACGCUUCGGAACAAGCGUACGGCUGCUGUAUUUACGCACGCUCCAUCGACACACACGGCAAUAUUCGCGUAAAGCUGUUGGCUUCCAAAUCACGCGUGGCACCAUUGAAACGUGUAACGCUCCCGCGCCUUGAGCUAUGUGCAGCAGACUUGGCUGCGAAACUUCACAGCUGCGUCAUUCAAGCCCUCAACAUAGAAGUAACUGCUUCAUAUUUCUGGUCGGACUCAAUGGUAACACUACAAUGGCUAAGGUCAGAACCGAACGUAUGGAAAACAUUCGUUGCAAAUCGGGUCUCGGAAAUACAAACGACUACUCAGGGAUCUUUCUGGAAUCACGUAGCUGGCAAACAAAACCCCGCCGAUUUAGUAUCGAGAGGAAUGGAAGUUGACGAAUUUUUAAUCAGCAAGUUGUGGACGAACGGACCUGAUUGGCUCGGAUUUCUACAAAACGGUUGGCCAAUUACGAAUAUUCCCGAUUAUCCUGAGCAGGGAAUUGAACGACGAAAACAGCAAAUCGUUUCAGUUGUGAGCUCGCACCCAGCUCACAAUUCUAUUUUCAAAUUGUGUUCCUCCUACAAUCGCCUAGUUCGAAUCGUCGCAUAUUGCCUCAAAUUCAUAAAAAACGCGCAAGCAAAAACCAGAUCACAACCAGUCCCGUUUGUUGAUCAACCACCUAAUCAGCUUUUAUCCGUCCAGAACAUAGCAGCAGCGAAUACACGUCUAAUCCAACUAGCCCAAGCUGAUUCAUUUAAAGAAGAAAUACACAAUUUGAAAUCCGGCACACCCCUUUCGAAACGCUCACACAUACGUGCGCUAUGUCCGUUCAUAGACCCUGAAGGUACCAUCCGAGUGGGGGGGAGACUACGUCUGUCAGAACAGCCAUACCUAUCCAAACACCCAGCCCUCCUACCAAACUUCCACCCUUACGCUCGCAUGAUAGCCAACUUUUAUCACCUCAAGUUAAUACACGGAGGGGGACGUUUAACGCUCAGUGCUUUGCGAGAAACUUAUUGGCCUGUCAAUGGAAGAAGAUUGGUUCGGAGUGUGUUGCGAAACUGCUACCAGUGCGCCCGAGCCUGUCCUGUUCCCAUUGCGCAGCAGAUGGGCCAACUACCUGUUCAUCGAGUCACACCUAGCAGACCUUUCACCACAACCGGUGUCGACUUUGCCGGUCCGGUAUAUUUGAAGCCAAUUCAUAAGCGUGCUGCAGCCGUCAAAGCAUACAUCUGCAUUUUCAUCUGUUUCUGCACAAAGGCUGUACACAUAGAAUUAGUCAGCGACUUAUCAACGAAAGCAUUUCUUUGUGCGCUUCGUCGUUUUAUUGCACGUCGCGGUCGCCCUGCCAAUAUAUAUUCCGACAACGGCAAGAAUUUCGAGGGUGCGAAAAAUGAGCUGGAUGAACUGCGCCAAUCACUGCUUAAUCACCGAACCGCUAUACACGAAGCAUGCUCCCAGGAAUUUAUCGUCUGGCACCUGAAUCCACCAAAGGCUCCACACUUUGGUGGCCUGUGGGAGGCAGCAGUGAAAGUGGCAAAGAAACAAAUGUAUCGCCAGUUGGGAAACACAAAACUCAACUUUGAGGAUAUGGCAACCUUACUAACUCAAAUAGAAGCGAGCAUGAACUCGCGCCCGCUUGUACCAAUGACUGACGAUCCAAACGACCUGUCCUGCAUUACUCCAGCACACUUUUUAAUCGGAGCGAGCUUGCAUGCACUACCAGAACCUGACAUUUGCCAUAUAAAACUUGAAAAAUUGGACCACUAUCAACACCUGCAAAGAAUAAAUCAGCAAUUUUGGCACUGUUGGCGAACUGAGUACCUGCAAGAGCUGCAACGUGUGACAAGGACGUGCAAUCCAAACACCGACAUUCAGCCGGGGCGAUUGGUUGUGAUUGUGGAUGAAUUCCAAAUUCCAGUCAAAUGGCCCCUAGCGCGAAUCAUUUCCGUGCAUCCAGGGAAGGAUAACCUCACUCGUGUAGUUUCACUUAAAACGAGCCGUGGAAUCAUCAAACGACCGGUCACAAAAAUAUGCUUGUUACCUCUGGAAACCGUCGACGAUCAAGCAGUAGGAGAUCAAACAAUCCAGUCCGAUGAAACGUUGGAGAUAGAUGAGAACAACCCCGACGAAAUCGACCGAAACAGCAAUAUGUAG